AAACCACUCUAUAAAAUGAAUGCAUCACGGCUAUCGGUGAUGUGCAAAAAAUAAAUACAUUCUGCUUAGUAUUUAUAAUUCACUGAAGUCUAUGCAGUAACAGAAUAGACUGUAAAAAGUAAAUUUAUUAAUGAUAAAAUUAUAAUUGUGCAAUAAAAAAUGCCUGCUGACAUACUUGGAUAUAUAUAUGCCGCUACAGUAGCGGCUGGUGGUGUACUUGGUUAUGUAAAAGCCCAAUCAAUUCCUUCUCUGGGAGCUGGACUUAUCUUUGGAUCCGUUUUGGGCUAUGGAGCUUAUCAAACUUCUCAAGAUCCCACAAACAUUAGAGUUUCUAUAGCAGCAACUUCACUUCUUGGUGGAAUUAUGGGUUAUCGUUAUUAUAAUACUGGUAAAAUAAUGCCAGCCGGGAUAAUUGCUCUACUAAGCUGUUUAGUAUUUGUGAAAACUAUUGUAAGGUCUUUUACUGGUACAGCCCUUGUUAAUGAAACAUUAAGUAAAGGAAGUAAGACAACAUAAAUAUAAAUUUUUCUGAUAAUUCCACAAUUUUUAUUUUAUUAUCUAAAAUAUAAUAAAUAUGCAUGUAUAGAAUAUACAUAACAUAGGUAGUUUAAGAUGAGGAACAAUUAAAUCUAUAAAAAGGGAGAAGAAAGUAACUAAGGUAGACUGUACUAUGUGUAUUGGGUAUAUUGUGCUGGAUGUAUUGGCUGUGGUACUUAAAAUGGUUGACCUGAUGAAUGUUAGGAAUUUAAAUAUUGUGAGUCUGAAUCCCAAUGCUUGAAACCUUUUUUGUUGUAUAAAAGACUUUCCUUCAGGAAUAAAAUUUAUGUUUGUUACAGUA